AUGACUUCCCCUCGUACAUAUUUUCACAUCAACAAAUGUACGAGAAACCAAUACAUAGGGUUAGUUUCUAAUUAUUCUGAAUCCAAUUUAAGCAAAUUAUAUUUAACGUGAUAUAAUUCGAAAAUAUCACAUUUACAUAUGUGAAAAGUGACAAAGGCAGAGUGUAUGAAUCGACACUACUAUUCGUUACCACUUUUGUUAGUAGUAAAAAGUGUAUUUAGUGCAUUUUUAACUUAAUAUUGCUAACCUCUGUAAGGUGUGAAGUAGCUUAACACGAGGUGAAAAUCUUGCAAUGGUGGGCUUAUUAACCGAUGUGCUACCGAUAGCUUUUGGACUAUUUUUGGGAAGUAAGAUUGCCGAUUAUUUGGUUGAUGUUUACCAGAAUAAAGAAACUUUUCUUGACAAGGCGCGGCAGACUGAAAUUUUAGCUGCGAGGAUGGCGGAGCUAAUUUCUGGAAUGAAUUUAACUUCGCCAUCGAUUGAAAUUACGGCGUACGGGGGAGGCAAGGAGAAAUCUGUGGCUGACUUUUUCUGGACCCGAUUUUCCGAUCGUUACGACUUCCCCCAGAAACUCGAGUCGAUGGGGCCCCUCGCCAUCAAAAUUAGGAUUUUUCCUCAACUUUCUUCCUUCAACAAGGCGGAAAUAGGGAUCCGUGUUAUGAUUGAUGGACAUGCUGUAAUCGUAGAAGCAUCACGUUACCGCCAGCCUUGGGCACCUUUAACUAGGCCGAUCUAUGGGGCAAUAACUUCUGAAACGUCGGCGUUUCUGGACCCCAAAAGAAAUAUCCUAGUGGCAACCAAGAUUUACGAAUACUAAACUAGGUACAUAGAUUCGUAUAUCCCGAGUUUGUCGUACGGAAUUUAAAUAAAUUGAAGAUUCGUAUUUAUUAUGUAUGUAUAUAUAUUAUAUGUAAUUAUAUGAAUGAAUACGAAUGAAUAAUGAAUAAUAUAUAUGAAUAAUAUGUAUUAUGUAUGUAUUAUGUACAUAUGUAAAACCUAUGCCAGUCGAAGUAUGAUGUCAUGUUAUAAGUAUUAAACCCGUUGACAAAAGAUCGUGUCCGGCUUCUACGAUGUUAUGAACCAUGCAUCCAUAAGUUAGAUUUUAAUAACGCAUUCAUCACACAAUGUAGAAAUUAAGAAGUACGUAUGUAUACAUACGUUUGAGGACUAAUUAUAAUUAGUAAUUAUAUUUCUAGGCAUAAUAAAAUUUUGUCCUUGUAAA